ACUUGUCUGUGGCUGUCACUUGUCAAUGAAUGUCAACAAGCGGCCAUUUUGUUGACAUUUUGAUAAUAUUUUAUUCAAAAAAAAAUGCUGUUUUAAUUAUUUUAAAGGUAGUUUUUAAUAGUAGUGGUUAUAGGCUUUAGGUAUAAAAAGUGCCGUAUUAGCCCUGCUUUGGUUGCAUGCGAUAACCUUCCCAUAAUGUCCGACUCAGAAGGCAGCAACUUUUCCGAUAACGAGCAGGGCUCGGACGCGGGCUCAGUCAGAUCACGCAGUUCACGCGGAAGUGUCCGGUCUAGACAGAGUCGCAGCCCCUCUAGAUCCCGAUCUCCCAGCCGAUCAAAAUCUAGAUCAAGAUCCCGAAGUGGCAGUGUGCGAUCUAGAUCCAGAAGCGGGUCUAGGUCCAGAAGCAGGUCAAGAAGUAGAUCUAGGAGUCGUAGCAGAAGCAGGAGUAGAAGUGGAUCUAGAAGAUCUGGGUCUGAGGCAAGAGAAGCAUCAGAACCGGAAGAAGUGCAAGAAGAAGAAGAGCCUGAUGGACAGAGCUUAAGAGAUAGUGAAGAGUAUGACUCAGAAGAGGAGGAUAGUGAUGAGGGGGGCAGAUCUAAAAAGAAAAAGAAAAAAGACAGAUACGGUGGAUUUAUUAUUGAUGAGGCUGAGGUGGACGAUGAAGUUGAAGAUGAAGACGAGUGGGAGGAUGGAGCACAAGAAAUUGGAAUUGUUUCCAACGAGUUGGACGAAUUCGGUCCUACAGCUAGAGAAAUCGAAGGAAGACGCCGAGGCACCAAUUUAUGGGAUGCCCAAAAAGAGCAUGAAAUCGAAGAAUACCUGCGAAAAAAAUACGCCGACGAUGGUGCGGCAGCCAAACAUUUUGGCGACGGCGGAGAGGAGAUGUCCGACGAAAUUACCCAACAAACUUUAUUACCCGGAGUAAAGGAUCCUAAUUUAUGGAUGAUGAAAUGCCGCAUAGGUGAAGAGAAAAGCACCUGUUUGCUGCUGAUGCGGAAAUUUCUUGCGUUCCAAAACACCCCUGAGGCCCUACAAAUUAAAUCGGUGGUGGCCCCGGAGGGGGUGAAAGGCUACAUUUAUAUCGAGGCCUAUAAACAGCCUCACGUUAAGGCUGCUAUAGAAAAUGUGGGAAAUUUACGGGUGGGCAUUUGGAAGCAGCAGAUGGUGCCCAUUAAAGAAAUGACUGACGUUUUAAGGGUUGUCAAAGAACAAACUGGUCUAAAGUCAAAACAAUGGGUACGACUCAAAAGAGGCCUAUACAAAGACGACAUCGCCCAAGUGGAUUACUUUGACAUGGCUCAGAAUCAAGUUCAUCUCAAAUUGUUGCCCAGAAUCGACUAUACUAGACUUAGAGGGGCCCUAAGAACAAACCAGCCUGAACCUGAAAAUGAUAAGAGAAAGAAAAAACGUCGUCCGCCCGCUAAGCCUUUUGAUCCUGAAGCAAUCAGGGCUAUCGGCGGUGAGGUUACAUCGGACGGUGACUUUUUAAUAUUCGAAGGAAACCGGUACUCGCGCAAAGGCUUUUUAUACAAAAAUUUCACUCUUAACGCCGUUAUAGUCGAUGGGGUUAAACCGACCUUGACCGAGCUAGAAAAGUUUGAAGAACAACCCGAAGGCAUUGACUUGGAGUUAUCAGCGGAAAAAGAAGAUAAAAGUGUGACGCAUUCAUUCUCUGCGGGAGAUAACGUCGAAGUAUGCGAAGGUGAAUUGGUCAAUUUGCAGGGUAAAAUCUUGAGUAUUGAUGGAUCGACUAUUAUUAUUAUGCCGAAGCACGAGGACUUAAAAGAGACACUAGUUUUCCCAGCGAACGAGUUGAAAAAGUAUUUUAAAAUGGGCGAUCACGUUAAAGUUUUAGCCGGUCGCUAUGAAGGAGAUACCGGGUUGGUGGUCAGGGUGGAAAAUAACCGAGUGGUGCUCAUCUCGGAUAUGACCAUGCACGAAAUGGAAAUUUUACCGAAGGAUUUGCAAUUGUGCAGCGACAUGGCCAGCGGAGUGGACUCCUUGGGCAAAUUUGAAUGGGGAGAUUUGGUUAAUAUCGAUGCGGAGACUGUGGGGGUCAUUGUGAGGCUCGAAAAAGAGAAUUUCCAUGUGUUGAAUAUGCAUGGAAAAGUAGUCGAAUGUAGACCCGGCUCUUUACAAAAACGCCGCAUAAACCGGUUCACUGCCGCCCUCGAUUACAACAGGAACAGUUUGCAUCGUAGAGACAUGGUUAAAGUUGUCGAUGGCCCUCAUUCAGGCUUUUCUGGCGAAAUAAAACACCUGUACAGAAACUUCGCCUUUUUAUAUUCGGUGGAGUUUUUACAAAACGGGGGGAUUUUCGUGUGCAAAACCAAACAUCUGCAAUUAGCGGGAGGUAGUAAAAUCAUGCCCAACGCCGAUCUUACUACUGGUUUGGAAUUUAUGUCUCCCAGGAGGAAUUCACCGAUGCAUCCUUCCAGUGGUGGCGGAGGAGUGGCCGGUGGUUUCGGUGGUGGAGGACGAGGUGGCGGUAGAGGCAGAGUGAUCAGGGACAGAGACAUCAUCGGUACAACCAUUAAAAUUACUAGAGGACCCUAUAAAGGAAACAUCGGUAUCGUUAGGGAUGCCACUCAGAGUACCGCUAGAAUUGAGUUACAUACUUCGUGUCAGACUAUCUCUGUGGACCGUAACCACAUCUGCGACGUGGGCACUCCCGCCAAGGACGGUUCCAUCUCCAGUUAUGGACGCACUCCGGCAUAUUCCGGAAGUCAAACCCCACUUUACAGGGAUAUGGGCAACAAGACCCCCAUGGCGGACUCUGGAUCCAGAACCCCGUUACAUUAUGGUUCGAUGACACCGAUCCACGACGGUUCGAGGACUCCGAACGCGUCUUCCGAAUGGGACCCGAGCGUGCCAAAUACUUAUCCUUCUCCUGCGUACAAUCCAAGUACUCCGGGGGGUAUGAACCCGCCGUUUACCCCCCAGACUCCCGGUGGGGUCUACGAAUCUUCUUACAGUCCAUAUGGAUAUCAGAGCGCCAUCUCUACUCCAUCUCCGGCAACAGGUUACGGCCAAUCACCAUCCAGUAACAAUCCGUACAACACUCCCAGUUCCGGCUACAGUCCAUCGAUGCCCUACAAUCCUCAGACUCCCGGUGCUGGCCUAGAUGUGUUGCCGAUGACUGAUUGGCAUACAGACGAUAUUGAAGUGAGAAUUCGCGACAGUCACGACGACGGCGGACUCGUGGGACAAACCGGAAUUAUUCGUAGCGUUUCCGGAGGGAUGUGUUCGGUAUUUUUGCCGGAAGAAGAUCGCGUUGUUAAUAUUUUAGCCGACCAUUUGGACCCAGUCAGGCCGCAAAGAGGAGAUGAAUUUAAGGUUAUUAUCGGCGAAGAAAGAGAACAAACUGGUCAGUUGCUAUCCAUAGAUGCCCACGAAGGGGUCGUAAGAUUCAAAGAUGACAUUACUUUGUUGCCGUUGCAGAAUUUGUGUAAGAUGCGCAAGAUGCCGCAUUAAAUUAUAUUUAGGAAUACAUUUAUUUGAGGUUUAGAAUUUUGCUGGAAUAAAAACUUGGUCGAGUCA